CCCAGGGCGCACGGCGCAGGCGCGGCGGCGGCGCCUUCCGGGAGGCUGUGCGCACGCAGGGGGUGUGGCUGCACCGCGCGGUGGGGCCCUGAGGUCCUCACUGCUCCGAGUUGGAGUCACUUAUCUUCGGCUCUAGGGUGACCCUGGGACUCUCGGCCUCGGAGGGAGACGCGUUCGCGAGGUCUCUGACUGCAGAUUCGUGGACCCUUUUCGUGGGCGCCUGGCGUAGCCGUAGGGGGCUGCAGCCCUGCCCAGCAUGGCAGCCCCGCCGGACCCCCAGUUCGUCCUCCGGGGCACCCAGUCGGCGGUGCACGCGCUGCAUUUCUGUGGAGGAGCCCAGGGGCGGGAGCACCAGCGUCUCCUCUCGGGGUCCCUGAGCGGGCUGGUGCACAUCUGGAGCCUGCAGACGCGGAGGGCCAUCGCCACCCUGGACGGGCACGGGGGUCAGUGUGUGAUCUGGCUGCAGACACUGCCCCAGGGACCCCAGCUCCUCAGUCAGGGCCGAGACCUGAAGCUGUGCCUGUGGGACCUGGCGGAGGGCAGGAACGCCGUGGUGGACUCUGUGGACCUGGAGAGCGUGGGCUUCUGCAGGGGCUCCAUCCUGGCCCGGGGUCAGCAGCGCUGGAUGCUGGCUGUACCCGGGAGAGGCAGCGACGAGAUUCAGAUUCUGGAGAUGCCAUCCAAGACGUCAGUGUGCACCCUGAAGCCAGAGGCAGAUGCCAAGCCAGGCAUGCCCAUGUGCCUGGAGCUGCGGCAGACUGACUCCAGCCCCCGCCCGCGCCUCCUGGCCGGCUAUGAGGACGGAUCGGUGGCCCUGUGGGAUGUCUCCGAGCGGAAGGUGUGCAGCCGGAUCGCCUGCCACACGGAGCCCGUCAUGGGCCUUGACUUUGACUCCCAGAAGGCCCGGGGCGUCUCAGGCUCCGCGGAGAAGGCGCUGGCUGUCUGGAGCCUGGAUGAGCAGCAGGCCCUGCAGGUGCGCGGGACUCACCAGCUCACCAACCCCGGGAUCUCCGACGUCAAGAUCCGGCCCGACCGGAAGCUCCUGGCCACGGCGGGCUGGGACCACCGUGUCCGCGUGUUCCACUGGCGGACGAUGAAGCCGCUGGCCGUGCUGGCCUUCCACAGCGCCGCGGUCCACUGCGUGGCCUUCGCCGCGGACGGCCUGCUGGCCGCGGGGUCCAAGGACCGUCGCAUCAGCGUCUGGUCGCUCUACCCACCCUCGUGACGGGCCCGCUCCCUGUUCCGGACGCACAGAGGGCAGAGAGGUGCGGCCGCACUUAGGCCUGACCCGGGCCUGAGGAGGCCAUGCUCAGGGCCCUGCGGACAGCAAGUCACCACUCCCCUUCCUCCUCCCGUCUCGAGAAGAGCGUGGUCUGCGGAGUCCUCGCUUUUUGCCCUCGGCUGUUUCCUCCUGUGAAAUAGGGCAUCUGUGCAGCCGUGACUCUGCAGUUCACAGGGUAACUGGGCAGACGCCUGGGUAAGAGGCCAUGGGGAGCUUUACGGUCAAAUGAAAGUUUCAGACUCGAGGUACGAAUUCUCCAAGGCAAGCCCCCUCCCCCGCCACAGGGUCACAGCCAAGACCCUCCACUGGGCUGACGCUCAGCCUGUAUCCACGCUGCACACUGAGUGUGGUCCCUGGGACCUGCCAACUCCAUAUGGCGCCUCACCCCAAGGACAGCGGGAGCUCAGUCUGAAGCCUGGAGAGCAGAAGGAAGUGACGAAGGAGGCCAGGCAGAGAGAGGGCGCUGAGGGGGGUGGCGAAGGCAGCUGGGCAGAGAGACCCCAAACGCAGGAUUAGCGGGAGGAAGAGUGAGACCAGGGGUUGGCUCAGCCCAUGUCCGGGGCGGCUUUGGGGCGGGGGGCACAGCAGCAUGUGUGACAGGCCAGGCCCCGCAGCCAAGGCACAGUCCUCGCCUGCACCUCACACCCAGGGCAGCGGGAAUUAGCAGCCAAAUCAGGCGUUGCACCCACAGCCUCCGCAGGUCAGGCGUCAUCCCUUAAAGCUGAAUCGCUGAUAGGGGAGAAGUACGACCCUCCAAACGGGGUAGGAGCUGGUAGAUCCCGGCGAAGCCGGCGGCUCAGACCCCUUUGUUCUGCCGGCUUCUUUGCCAGAAGAGCCCCUUUGCCCGCCCUGAGCCGGUGAGCCCUCCUUUACCUGAGCACCUAGAACGGCCCCCACAGGCAGGGGCCCCUCAGCCCGCCCCUCUCUGCUUAUAACCAGACGCAGGCCCGCAGGCCCAGGGCUGAGAGCAGAGUGUGACCCGUGAGGAGGAGGCUCUGCUCCAGGGGAGCUGGUCCUCCCCGCUUGGCAGGCGGAGGUCUGGCGCGCACGUGUGGGCCCAGGUGGCGGGAAGAUGAGGCAUCAGGCGAGUCCGCGGAGCAGGUCCGCCGGCAGAUCUGCCUGAGGCCGCAGCGCCGGGAAUCGGAAAGGCCUGAGGUCUCACGGGUCGUUUGAAACACGGCCCACAGGCAGGCACACACGUAGGACCGGAAGGCCAGACCGCCUGGGGCUCGCAGUGGGGGGGGUCUGAGGGCUUAGGGAGAUUAAGGUGUUUAGGCGACUUAGCAAGGGAGACCCGCGGGAGGGCCCGGGGGGCGCGCCUGUCCCACGACCGUGGGGACCACGUCAGUGAGGCCUGGGCCCCUGGAAGGUCUGCACCGCCCGUCUCCCCGGGGCAGGAACUCCAGCGGGAGCUGCUGCCGCAGAGCAGGGACCUCUCGAUGCGGGAGGCAGGGCUGUUGGUGGCGCUCAGGUGCGAGAGGCAGGUGGGCACGGCUGUCAUGGCGCCUGGUGGGGGAGCAGGCACAGGCUGGUGAUCGUGGUCCCUGGAAGAGGAUGGAGGUCAGCCUGCUCCAGUCUGACUUGGUCCAUGCGAGCAGAGGGUCGUUUCUAGGAAACAAAAUCGGACCUGGGCUACCAAAACAGAGGCCCGGCCGCUCAGUCAGACCCAGGCCCCUGAGGAAAGACCCCACUGCCCUCCGCCCAGCCUCCCCCAGGGCCUCUGGCUGAGCCCAGGAGCUGAGCACCGUCCCGGAAGGCAGGCCUGGUCCUGAGCGAUGGACCUCCCCGUGAGGGACUGGCCCCCCAGUUGGACAGAGGCGCUGCGGGAGAUCUGGCACCUUACGGGGGAGCGGGGGACCACAGAGGCCCCAAGUGUCCCAUAACCAGGCCACCGGGAAGCUGGGGACACUUCCAGAGGAUUCCACAGCAGGAAUGUCAGGGAGGAGUAGCUGUUUGGGCUGCAACGUGAGCCCCAUGAGACGGGAGGGAAGCCGCCGGGUGAGCCAUGCCCUGGGGCUCCUCCAGGGAGCCGCCAGGUCAGGGGCGACGGGGGGGCGACCUCACCAAGCCACAGCCCGGCCGCGGCUCCCGCAGGAGGCCACGCGCUGGGUGAGCCACUUCAGAACGCCCGUCCUCUGCCGCCUCUGCAGCAGAGGAGCCAGGUGUGUGUCCGUUUCAGCGUGAACCUCCCGCUGGCCCUGCCCACAGCCGGACUCACGAGCCUCGCACACCUCCCUGACCUGGUCCAGCAAAGCUGCCACGCCGUUUCCAGAGGCGCUGACCGCCGUGGCUGCUGCCAAAGAGCAAAGACCUGUCAGACGAGGCUCCACACCCACCGGCCUCGUGGAGGCAAAGCCGGGGAACACGGGCCAAAGGUGCUGGGGAGAUGCCCCCGCAGGGAGGGGCGCCUCGUCAGUGUCCUGCGCCCCCUCCACGGUCCCGCUUGAACCCACUGCUGUGCUGGGCCCCCUGUGGUCUUCCCGCCUCAGCUUGGACUCCGAGGCGCCGGGCGCUGGGCUGGGCAUUCAGGAGGCCGUGAAACUGGUCCCUGCAGAGGGACCGCCCCGCCCCUGUGAAGCCCAUGUCGCCAGCUCCCCGAGAAUCUCCAUGACGCUGCCCUGUAUUUACAGAGAUACCACGGAGGUGUCACACAGACCAGGACGCGUGCGGUGCCUCCAGCGCCGGGGGCGCGUGUGGACUGCCGGCACCCCACGCCCAGAGACGGGGAAGAGCGGGUGCUGGUGACGCAGACCCGUGUGCGUCCCUGGCCCUUGUCUUGGUGCUGAAGACGCGAGCAGAGGCCCAGAGCGUCCCAGGCGGCUGGUGAGCAGUGUCCCGGGGACAUCUUGUGGCCAAGCUCAGUGUACGGGGACCAAGCCAGGCCGUGAGCUCCCCGCCUGCCUCGGCUCCUCCGUGCAGAGCGGAGCCUGCACCGGGUUCCGGGCGGGUGAGGGCGCAGGGUCCGCAGCCCCCGAGGCUUCAUGGGUGGCUGAGAAUCCUGUUGACUCAGCUGAGCUGCCUAGAACAGAGUGACGCCAGCUUACCAGACACAUCGGUGUCCGCAGUGGCGGGGCCUCCAGGUGGUCCUCGGGGCUCCUCCUCCGCACCCCCCGUGGGACCCGAGGCUUCGGAGCCCGGCCUCUGCAUCCACAGGACCUGGGCAGCAGCAGGUGGCCACGGAGCUCCCACGCCGUGAGGCACAGGCCGUGUUCCAGACACCCAGCCCGGGGAGGACGCUUCACGUGGGCAAAGCCUCGGACGACCCUUGUCAGGCCUGAGCUGUGCGGGCAGCCAGCUGAGCUCCGGGGCCAGGGCUGCAGGGCCCUGCCAUCUGCCCGCAGCCCCUCUUCUGCCUCGUGGCUUGCCGUGCACGGCCCUCACCGGCACCCCACGGCCCUCACCGGCACCCCACGGCCCUCACCGGCGUCCCACGGCCCUCACCGGCACCCCACGGCCCUCACCGGCACCCCACGGCCCUCGCCAGCGUCCCACGGCCCUCACCGGCGUCCCACGGCCCUCACCGGCACCCCACGGCCCUCACCGGCGUCCCACGGCCCUCACCGGCGUCCCACAGCCCUCACCGGCACCCCACGGCCCUCACCGGCACCCCACGGCCCUCACCAGCAUCUCACCGGCACCCCACAGCCCUCACCGGCAACCCACGGCCCUCACCGGCAUCCCACGGCCCUCACCGGCGUCCCACGGCCCUCACCGGCAUCCCACGGCCCUCACCGGCGUCCCACGGCCUGUUGGGUUCUCCUCAGACAAGCCGGAGGCUGACGGCAGAGCAGGCAGUGACCAGGGACACAGCCUUUAGCAUUCACCGUCUUUCCCUGUGCUUCCCGAGUGUCACAGAUGGGCUCAUGUCAGAAAGCCGCGUGCCCUGGAGACAGGCAGACGAGCCCGUGUGCGGCAGCGGGUGACCCGGGAAGGGCCUGCGGGGCAGCAGCCGGGAUCCCUCGCUACGCCGGCUCGGCAUCGGGCUUUGUGCUGACGUGCGGUGCGUGUCUUUGCACUCCUGACUGAGUGAUGUUCAAUCAGGUGUUUCCCACCUGCGUCUCUGCCAAGAAGCCACAGAACACCCUCUGCACAAAAGGACUGUUUGCACAAAGAGAAAACAUUCCUCCAGGGGGUUCUUCAGAAACGCUUGAUACUCAACUAGCUAUAACUGCCCGGGAAAGCCUGGUGUUAAAGACGAGCUGGCACAGGAGAGGCCUUGCAGCCGAGCUCGCCGUGCACCUGUGCGCCGGUGCAGACGGGCCACCUCCCCGCCUGCAGCCCCCCAUGCAGCCCGCACCCCGGCUCCCGCCCCGCCCCGCCUCUGCUCUGGUUUUCACAUGUGUCGGGGCCAGCUCAGCCCUGCCUCCACUCUGCCGCCCAGGCCGGAGAGUGGCGUGUCCAGGAGGCCCGUUAGGAGCCGGGAGGAAGGAAGCACCUGGCCGGAAGGAGCCGAGCAAAUGCAGAGGGCGAGGCCGCUGCAGCUGAGCAGGCCAGACACACACCUGACCCACCCAGACAGAUGCCCGCCAAAAGCAGUUCCAAAGCCACGCCUGGGGAUCCACGCGGAAAAGCAUCUGAGUGGGAGGUGCACCCACGUGCCAAAGGCAGCAGGGUACGCCCACAUGGUGCGUCAACUGAAAAAAUGCAGUCAGCGCGCUCACGGCUUGCACCCAGCAUGGGCACUGAGACCCUUGGGGCAAGUCCGGGAAGCACGCCCUGCGUGUCAUCAGCCCUCAUGCUUGCUCCAGGGCGUGUGGGACCUCGGCCCCGCAGAGCCACUGCCUGGCCCUUCACAGGAACGCGUGUUGGCCCUGCCUUAAAGGGUAGCUGCUUCCGGGGCACAGGCCGAGGUGAGGAAUCGCUGCUGCCCCAAAGCUGGGUUGUGUUCAGAGGUGCCAGAAGCAGCACUGAGGGUCAAGGGGCCUCCCACACAGGCCUGGGACCUGGGACGAAUGGGGGAGACUCUCAUAAUCCAAGAAUUCUCAUUGACACUCAAAUAAGAAGUUACCAAAAAGCAUACCAGGAAGGAAGGUAUUGUGAUGAGGUCAGCUGUGCCUGGAGGCUGCUAUGGUCUGAAUGUUUGUGUUCCCCCAAAUCCAUAGGAAGCCUGACCUUUUCCCCCUUCCCCCGCCCCCCCAGGUAAUGGUAUUAAGAGGUGGGGCCUUUGGGUCGUGAGGGUGGAGCCCUCAGGAAUGGGAUUAGUGCCCUAAAACGAGAUUCCAGAGCAAUUCCACCAUCUGAGGACACAGAGAGAAGACGGCCAUCUAUGAGGCCCUCACCAACACGGAAUCGCCCCUGAGCCGGGACUUCCCGCCUCCAGAACCGUGAGAAGUGUAUUUCUGCUGUUCAUAAGCCACCGACCAGCCUGGCAUUUUGUUAGAGCAGCCUGAGACAAGAUGCUUACAUUUUUAUUGUUUAAUUUAUUUUUUAAAUUUAGUUUUUAUUGAGGGAACACUGAUUUAUAGAUUAUAUAAGUUUCAGGUGUGCGCCGCUAUGAUCGACAUCUGAAUGUGCUCCAUCAUGCCCCCCACCAAAGUCUAGUUUCCAUCUGUCGCCAUGCAAUCGAGCCCUGUACCCAUCUCACUUCGCUUGCUUUUUAAAGAUGUGGAAUGGUGAGUCAUCGAGUCGUUUGCUCCACCCGGUUGUAGUUAUCCAUUGCUGCCUCAAUAACCAGCCCAAACGUAGCCUCUGAGCACAUGGGCCAGCAAUCUGGAGGGGCUUGCCGGACUGUGGGCCCCCAAGAGGGCGGGCCACAGGGAGGACCGUCGAUGCCAGCCCCUCAAUCAAGAAUGAGUGACAGUCAGCCCUAACUGGUGUGGCUCAGUGGGUAGAGAGUUGGCCUGCGGACUGAAGGGGCCCAGGUUCGAUUCCAGUCAAGGGCAUGUACCUCAGUUGU